GUUUAGUGUGGAGUUUUGUUGCAAGCUGAAUGUUCGGACUGGGGAGGACAUCUUCAUCGUCAUCUUCUGUAAAGUACUUUGACGUUAGAGUCAAGUCCACGUAUAAGAACCUUAUUAUUGUGAGGGGCUCUCAGUAUGAUUCACCUUCUAUUAUGCUCACGGGUGAUCUCGUCUUUUCACUAUCAGAGGAGAUGGCGUUUAAAAAGAUUGGACUACGGCUAGUUGGGCGCUACAAACUGGACUUUCUUGAGGUGUUAUCACAAGACAAUACAACACUCUCCAAUCCUGUGAAGGAGGAGUCGACCGUGUUCGAAGUGAUGUGGGAGAAUUUGUUGUUAAACGCCAAUGGCACCAUUGGUCCCCUAGAAGGUUCAACUAGUGGCACAAGUACACCGACCUUGGCAACAAGAAGGCUGAUAAGGUCAAACACGCCACUUUCAAUGCAUAUGGAACCUCAAAAGUUCGCCAGCACGCCCUUUGAAGACAUGGUUGUUCCUACAGGUACGACAUUUGUACUUCCAGAAGGUAACUACGAGCUGCCGUUCAAGUGUAUACUCCCCGGUGAUGUUCCUGAAACUGUUGAAGGACUUUUGGCCGGGUCAAUCCUGUACAAGUUUGAAGCAACAAUGGAUAGAGGUGGGUUUAAAUCACCAGUUAUGAAGUACCAGUACUUCCGAAUACUUCGAACGCUUUCAAGUGACAAUUUCUCCAUCUCCGAGACCAUUUCCAUCGGUAAAAGUUGGCCAGACAAAGUCCAAUAUGAGGUAAGCAUCCCUUCGAGGGCUGUGCCCAUUGGUGGAUCGACUCCUAUAAAGAUUCUACUGGUGCCAUUGUGCAAGGGCCUCAAGUUGGGGCCGAUAAGGGCACAGAUGGUGCAGUACUAUGCGUUUAAAGGAGUAACGGGUGAUAUCUAUGACGAUGAGCAGAUCAUUUUCGAUUCUACCAUGACAAGUAUGGAAGGGAAGGUAUUGGAGGAUACUUUAUCCAUAGACUCAUCGAUAAAGAUUCCUUCAAACUUGAAGAAAGUCACUCAGGAUUGUGAUUUGAAAGGCGAUAUGAUCAAGGUUAGGCACAAGUUGAAAUUGCAGAUUAUUUUGAUCAAUGACAGCGGCACGACGAGUGAGUUGAGAACGAACAUCCCAAUAUCUCUUUUCAUUUCGCCUGUGGUGGAAGUGUCUGGACGUACGAUAAUGCUUGAUAAGCAGGGGAAGCUUCAUUUCAGAAAGGAAGAGGACAGGCUCUUCAACUGUCAAAUGACUAAUCACAGCAGCGUUGGCUACAACAAUCAACAACAAGCAAGCUCAAACAGCUACGACACGCCGCCAAAUUAUGAAGAACAUGUUUAUGACCAAAUGAUUUUCAACGAUGGGGGUCUGAGCUCCCCAACUCCGGUGAGUUCUGGAGUGACGACACCGGUCCCGAUGCUUUCCAUUGCAGAUGGCGCGACCUCCAAUCUCAUCAACCCUUCAAGCAUUUCAAUGAUGCUCAUGGCACAGUACACCGGUGCAGCUGCAGACGUCUCUGAGUAUAGCGAUAUAUCGAAUGUUCCAUCAUACCAGGAUGCGAUUCAAGGUAACGAUGUACCUAAUCCCAGUGAGGACUUUUCUCCUAGGUAUCAAACUGAGGGCACAACCAAUACAUGAUCCAAGUAGAGAUUGUU